AUGCUUCGGAAAACGGCUCCGCGGCUUGUGCGGGACCCGGUUCCGACGGACACCAAGGCCUUUUACUCGUGGUUCAGCGGGCAGGCGUACCGGCAGGAGCGCGUGAUACCCGGCGGCUACCCCGCAGUGCGGGUGUACCCGGUGUACGGCAAGCGCUGGUUUACGGGCCGCACGGUGAUGGCGAUGAUCGCCGGCUUCUCGCUCUUUGGGGCAUGGCUUCGACCGGAGAAGGAACGCUACAACAUGGAGAUGAUGAUUGAGUGGUCGGAGCGCCAGGCCGCGCACCUGCCGUACCAAAAGGCAGAGGUGAACCUCCGCUGCCUCAUAACUAGCUACAAGCGACACCGCUACGAACAGGAAAAUCUUAUUGACAAGGGUUUUGUAGGCCUGACCUCGGAGUUCCGCAAGUUCUUUUACCACGACGACGUCUGGCGUCCACCGCUGCACGAUGUGCUCAUGCAUCCGUACGCGAAAUUUGGAGGCCCCUUGUUCAGCUAUAACUGGACGAUUGGGUACUUCUAG